ACAGCCUGGAUAAGGAAAGUACAAAGCCAUCUAUGUUUGGUUUUCGUAGUGGGAGAAAACCCAUCUUUCCUAUUUUCUUUUUUCGUAGUGGGAAAAAACCCAGUUCUUAGUGAAUAGCACAUGACAGGGCAGAACGUGUGUCUGUCUCAUUCCAACAGCAUCACAACGGUGACGUGUCACUCGUGUUACAAGUGAUUAGUUGAGACAGCAUAUAGUGAACAAGCAAAAAAAUAUACAUUAGAACAAUAGCAUCAGUAGACUUAUUUAUAGUAGACAGUAGAAAAGGCGGGAACCCGAAAGAUGCGCACGGAAAGAUGGGCACGAGAAACUUGCGCACGGUGAAUCUUGCGCACGGGUAGGUUGCACAUGCAAUAACAAAUUCUUAUAUUAUAUUUAUAUUUAUUACAAAAUCCUAAGACUUUAAUUGCCAUUAUCGUUUAUAUAUGCGAUCGUUUAUAGCAUGUGAUUUUAUUUAAAAGAUUAUAUAUAAGUCAUCAAUAUAUGUAAUCAAGAUUUCGAUUUCCCCUACAGGGCAAUUUUAAAUUUCCCUAAGGGGUGUUAACACCUUUGGAUUAUGAAAGUCACAAAAUUGAGACGCAUGAAAAAACGACUUUAGAUUUGUAUUAACAAUUUAUAUCUUCAAAUAUAACCAAACUAAUUAAUUAAUACAUAAGUUUUAAAUAGAAUGUUUUGCAUAGCAUAAGCUAAUCAAUUAUUUAAUCAGUCAUAUUUAAUAAAUUAAUUUGACAGAAAACUAUUUUAUCAUGUCUUAUAAUUAUGUCCUAGAUUCUUAACUCGUUUUAGUGUCCUUAACUUAUUUUACAUAGAGACAUUUUAUCAAAAGUUCGAUUCUCAUAUCCAAAUUAUGGUGAAGAAAGGAAAAGAAUGAUUCAUGUAGGUAUUCGCAAUGAUUAAAUUUUGAUUUCUACUGCAACAUAUAUCAGAUCAUCAAUCAUCAAAGGCACUAAGUUAUAAACAGAUAAAUAGUCAUCUUAUCGGAUAAAUUAAUUAAUAGUAAUAAUUAGGUGUCUUAUCUUUUUUGAUGCUUUAAUCCCAUUAAAAUAAGGUUGUUCUAAGAACAAAACAGUUACAGGCAUAUAAACAUGCGUAUUCGCUAUUGAAAUUACUGCUUAUCAAUUCUAUAUAUUUAAACAUGUCUACUCCUGUCGAAUUCAUCACUACCACAAAAGGUCGUCCUUUAAUGAUAUUAGACGGUUACUCAUACAUUCAAGGUCGUCAAACCGACGAAAAAACUUACUGGCGUUGCGACAAUCAUAAAACUUUUAAUUGUCAUUAUCGUAUACACACAUGUAAUUCUACAAAUAGUUAAACACACGUCACCAUAAUUAAUCGAAAUGGUAUUCACACAACCAGUUGUAAUAGUGAUCCAAUCAAAAUAUUAUUAAGAAAAUUUUAUGAAAUUGUCGUCGAUCGUGCAAAAAAUACACAAGAAUCAACAGACACUGUGUUAUCACAAUGUAUAUCAAAAUUACUUGAUCCAGCACGUGUACGUUUACCACCAUUAGAUCAUAUCGUCCCAGAAAUUUUUUAUCAGUUAUAUGUAAUUUAUGCUGUACCUCGUCAACAUGUUAUUCCGGUAGUAUUUGGCCUGCUUUGCCGAAAAAAUGCAGUUACAUAUCAACGUUUAAUAAAUAAUAUUGUAGAAUUUGCACCAGCGUGGUGUCCACAAAAUAUAGUACUAGAAUUUGAAAAAGCGGUUAUGAAUGUUUUUUCAACCAGUUUUCCUCAAGCGUCUCUAUCUGGUUGUUAUUUUCAUUUACGUCAAAGUAUACAUCGACAAUUACAGGCGCAAGGUUUGCAAAAAUAUUAUGAAGAUGAUGGCGAUUUUGCUCAUGGGAUACACAAAAUUGCAGCCUUGGCAUUUAUUCAUCCAAAGGAUGUUGUCGAAGCAUUCGUCCAACUCAGUAUUCAUCUUGGUAAUAGAUUUCAAACUAUACUAGAUUAUUUUGAGCAUAAUUACAUUGGCCGAUUUCGUGCAAAUGGUUCACGUGCAUGGCCACUAUUUGAUAUAGAAUUUUGGAAUGUUCAUGAACGAACGAAAAAUUUACAGAUUAGAACGAAUAAUUCUGCCGAGGAGUGGAACAGACGUAUUGGAUGCGUUUUUAAUGUUCACAUCCCACUCUGUGGAAGUUUAUUGAAAAAAUAA